AUGUCGACGCCCGGCAGACUCCUCCCCCGCCUCAGGCCUUUGGUGCCUCGCAUUGCGCGCCCUCCCCGCAAUGCCUUCAUUACCAUCCAAGCCCAGACGGGCCCCGAUCCGAUCGAGCCCUCCAAGCCCCAAGCACACCCACUGGGCGCCUACUACGAGUCCAUCCUCACGAGCCCCCAGCCGAUCCCCGACGUGAAGCCCGAGGAGCCCCCCUCGUCCUCCGCCGCCAAGCAGGAGGAGCAGCAAGGCCGUAAGACCUCGCCUCUCUCCCCGUCCCACCCGGAACCCUCUGCUGAAGCUCUUUCCGCACAGCCGGUGCCGACGCCGCCCCCGCAAACCGCGGCUGAGAAGGCCGCCAUCGUCUUCGGCUCCGCCCUCGCCGGGCCUGCCGAGCGCAAGAAGCGCCUCGAAGAGAUGCGCGCCAGGAGUACGACGGUCGCAGGGGUCGUAAUACCCCCAAAACCCGAGGAGCCUGAUAAUUGCUGUAUGAGCGGCUGUGUGAAUUGCGUUUGGGACCGGUUCAGGGAGGAGAUGGAAGAAUGGUCGGCAGCGAGCGCGGAGGCGCAGUUGAAGUUGAGGGAACAGCAAGAAGAGAAGGGAGAAGCUGUCGCGGAUACGAUGAGCAUGGAUGACGACGGCGGCGGUUCAGAAACAAAUUGGGUGCCGAAAGACCCCAAGAUCGCCAAAGACAUGUGGGACGAGAAGCUGUAUGGGGAUAUUCCGGUUGGCAUUCGCGAGUUUAUGAAGACCGAGAAGAAGCUGAAAGUACAGCAUGAGAAAGAGGGAACGGUGGGCGGCUGA